AUGGAGCCGGAGGAGGGCUGGAGCCCCCACAAGGGCAAUCCCUUCUGGACGGCCGUCUUCGACUACGAGGCCGCGGCCGAGGAGGAGCUGACGCUGCGGCGGGGCGACGUGGUGGAGGUGCUCUCCAAGGACUCCACCGUGUCCGGAGACGAGGGCUGGUGGACGGGGAAGGUCCAGGGCAAGGUGGGGGUCUUCCCCAGCAACUACGUGAGCAGCGAGCCGGCUGCCGUGGGGCUGCCGGAGGUCUCCUUCGAGGAGCUGCUGCUGGACGAGAUCAUUGGCGUGGGCGGCUUCGGGAAGGUCUACAAGGGGCUGUGGCGAGGCGAGGAGGUGGCGGUGAAGGCCGCCCGGCAGGACCCCGACGAGGACAUCGGCGCCACGGCGGAGAGCGUGCGGCAGGAGGCCCGGCUCUUCGGCAUGCUGCGGCACCCCAACAUCAUCGCCCUGAAGGCCGUGUGCCUCAGCCCCCCCAACCUCUGCCUCGUGAUGGAGUUCGCCCGGGGCGGCGCGCUCAACCGGGCCCUGGCGGGGCGCAAGGUGCCGCCCCACGUGCUGGUCAACUGGGCCGUGCAGAUCGCCCGCGGCAUGAACUACCUGCACAACGAGGCCGUGGUGCCCAUCAUCCACCGCGACCUGAAGUCCAUCAACAUCCUGAUCCUGGAGAAGAUCGAGAACGAUGACCUGGCCCAUUGCACCCUGAAGAUCACGGACUUCGGGCUGGCCCGCGAGUGGCACAAGACGACGAAGAUGAGCGCAGCCGGGACCUACGCCUGGAUGGCCCCCGAGGUCAUUAAGCUGUCCCUCUUCUCCAAGAGCAGCGACGUCUGGAGCUUUGGGGUACUGUUGUGGGAGCUGCUGACCGGCGAAGUGCCGUACCGGGAGAUCGACGCCCUGGCCGUGGCCUAUGGCGUGGCCAUGAACAAGCUGACGCUGCCCAUCCCUUCCACGUGUCCUGAGCCCUUCGCCCACCUCCUGGAGGAGUGCUGGGACCCCGACCCGCACGCCCGCCCGGCCUUCGGCAGCAUCCUGGGGCGCCUGCUGGCCAUCGAGCAGUCGGCGAUGCUGGCCAUGCCCCUCGAGUCUUUCCACUCGCUGCAGCAGGACUGGAAGCUGGAGAUCCAGAGCAUGUUCAGCGACCUGCGCACCAAGGAGAAGGAGCUGCGGAGCCGCGAGGAAGAGCUGCUGCGGGCGGCCCAGGAGCAGCGGACGCAGGAGGAGGUGCUGCGCCGGCGGGAGCAGGAGCUGGCGGCCCGGGAGAUCGACAUUGUCGAGCGGGAGCUGCACCUCAUCAUGCACCAGAUGCACCAGGAGAAGCCCGGCGUCAAGAAGAGGAAGGGGCACUUCAAGCGCAGCCGCCUCAAGCUGCGGGACGGCAACCGCAUCAGCCUGCCCUCGGGCUUCGAGCACAAGAUCACGGUGCAGGCGUCGCCCACGCUGGAGAGGCGGAAGGGGCUGGGGGCCGACGGCGCCAGCCCCCCCGGCAGCCCCAGCAUCAUCCCCCGCCUCAGGGCCAUCUGCCUGACGCCCCUGGACGGGAGCCGGACGUGGGGCCGCAGUGGGGCGCCGCGGGCCGAGGCGCUGGCGGGCAGCAAGAAGAAGGGCCGGACGUGGGGGCCCAGCUCCACGCUGCACAAGGAGCGGCUGGGCGGCGAGGAGAGGCUCAAGGCCCUGGGUGAGGGCUGCAAGCAGUGGUCGUCCAGCGCCCCGAACCUGGGCAAGUCGCCGCGGCACGUGCCCAUGGCGGUGGGCUUCGCCAGCCUCACUGAAAUGGAGGAGUACGCCGAGGCGGAGGAGCCCGAGGCGCCGCCCUCGCCCCCCGGCAGCCCCCGGCGCCAGUCGCUGACGCCCACGCGAGUCGCCGCCGCCCGCCGCGGGCACCGCCGCACCCCCUCGGACGGGGCCCUGCCCCACGGGCACGGUGAGCGCUUUCCCGAGGGGGACCCCGAGGGGAGCCCCACGGAGCAACUCCCCCCCACCCACCGGCCGCGCUCGCUGCCCUUCGCCCCGCGGCCGCGGCCCGCGCCCGCCCGCCCGCGGCCCGACCCCUGGGCGCUGGUGUCGGCGCGGGGGGCGCGGGCCGCGGCGCCCCCGACCCUGCUGGACCUGGACGCCGAGGGGCAGAGCCGCGACGGCACCGUGCCCCUCUGCGGGCGCCCCGGCGCCGGGCCCGGCCCCGACGGCGCCCGCAGCCGCGGCUCCAGCACCGACGGCUCCCACGGCGACGGCACCGGCUCCAGCACCGACAUCUCGCACUGA